AUGGUUGAAUUCGGCGAAGAGCCAUUGUUCUCCGCCAGCGACGACUGGAACUCCCGACCUGAUCAAGAGUCGCCGGACGACUCAACGCCCAGCUGCUGGGACGGAGCUCGACCCCUAUUCCAGGCUCAACCUGCGCUCGCAGACCCCUCGUGCAACACAUUGGAGUUUCUACCGACUAUCAUCUUUGGCGCGUGUCUUCACAAUGCCGCCGCUCUCGGUUGGGACGCAGAGCAGCUAGCUACGUGCUCACCCCACGGCAUCUCACCAUUUUACCGACCUACGACACCAGAGACAAAUCCUCAGACGCUUUUGGCGUCACUCAUCAUCAAUCUUCCUGGUCAAACGCCGCCCCAUCUUCGCCCAACCCUGACGCAGGUUGUCGUACCCCAUCAUCCUUCCCUAGACCUGAUACCACUGCCUCACCUGAGAGACAGGGCGAUCAUGCUGUCGGCUGCGUUGCCCACGGUUUUCAAUCUUUGGGAGCUCAAGCUCGAUAUCUACGUGAAAGGAGGGCUCGUGAUGUUGAAGACGACGAGGAGCAACGACCACCGCAAGAGAACUUGUCAGCCCUGGGACAAAAGUAGCUGGAUCGCGGAGCGAUGGUUCCUGCGCAAGUGGACAAUGCUUGUGGACGAGGAACUAUUGAGUCUGGGCAGGACGGAGGGCAAGAUAACAGACGCUGUGGAGUGA